AAUCCCUCGCCGCCGGCGGAGCCCAGUGGGGUUACACAGGGGAACAUGGGACGGCGCACUGGGGCUCCAUCUUCAGGUCCUGCAGCGGCCAGCGGCAGUCGCCCAUCAACAUCGAGACGAGCAAUGUCAAUGUCGAGUACUGGCGUCCAUUCAUACUCAAGAACUACGACCAGCCUCCCACGCGCAUGCGCAUCAAGAACAAUGGCCAUUCCGCCCAGGUUGAGAUGGACGCCCAGGCGGCGCCCCGCGUGCGCGACGGAGGACUCAAGGGCGAGUACAUCUUCGCUCAGUUCCACUUCCACUGGGGGCACGACUCCAGCCUCGGCUCCGAGCACACCAUCGACGGCGUCAGCUGAACGCCUUCCGGGCCCUUGUAGACGACCACAACCAGCCAAUCGUCAACAACUUCCGACCUCCUCAGCCACUCAACCACCGCAAGGUAAUGGUGUCAGGCAAGUCUGAUGCUGAUUCUGCUGCCUUGAAGAAAGUUGGGCUCACCCUUUACUUCAUGACCUCCAUGGCCGUCCUGAUGAUGAACAUGUAGAAUCCUUUUCUGCCACCAUUGCCAACACCUUCUUCUCCUCCACUACGCCCAAUAUCAUUACAAACACCUGAACGUGGUGGGAGAUGAGUCGAGAGAUUGCCCAUCGAAGGAACUGUCAUUGCCGCUUCCCUGACGCUCCCCGCCCGCCGGGGACAAGAUCACAAGACUUGGCUGACGACAAGCUGCAGCGCCACAUACAAGUCUAGCAAAGAAAGUCACAUUCAGCUAUGUUCUGACUAACAAUAGAAAAUCAGGGGGCCUUGUAAACAUUUGUUCCGACAGCAGUUUUUAGGGUAUUUUUUACUAAUUACAAGGGAAUUUUGACAGAUUUCUGGGUACUUCUCAAUCAAGAGCGAUGGAGAUAGCUGGCAAAGACUGGUGAUUAGGCAACUCAAGUGUCUUCUGGCUGCGAGGGCCACGGCGCCCCUUAGGUGUUCAGCAUUGUAGGAUCUUUUUUGAAACACAUUAUCUAAGGACUUUCUAGGAAUUUUUGAUUACACAUUGUUUUUAAGCUGACCUUAAAACUUGAUUAUCAGUUUAGUUUGAAGUAGUGUAUCCUAAGCAAACCAAAGACCACAGAAAUUCUGUAAUGCUGAACGUCACCUAUGUCAGUUUUGCCUGUAAGAUGUAAAGAUUUACGAGGCCAGUACUUAUUCUGACGAGGAUGCAAUCCGCCAGCUCUGAUUCAACUUACCUUUGACAUUCAUGUGUCUGUGAAUAGUAAUGUUAUAUUGUUGCUCAGAAAGAGGAUAACGUUAAACUGUGCACUGUACAGUUCAGUGGUAUGGCUAAAUUGAAAUGCACACUAAAAUUCCCCCAAGAGAUGUAAAUAGGCCAGUGUUAACCUAGUCCCGUUUGUUGAACAGGUAAUCAGUUGUAUGUUGUUCACUCAGAUGUCUUUUACACCAGCAGUAGUGUGUGAAAAAUGAGUCAUGUUGCAUUUUCAGCCUCUGCCUCUGUAUUUUACUUGUGAUUUGCUGAAGAAAUAUAAAAUUUCUAAUGCACUAUCCUGCCACCUGGCACAUGUUCUAGUACCACCCAUGACCUCUGGUGAGCGAGUGAUGCUAAUGUAUGCCCCUGUGGAGACAUACCACUUGCCACAUCCCCGGAGCCGAAUGGGUUGUCCUAGCGCAAAAAAAAAGAUUCUUCAUCCUGCUAGAACUUAGUAUGUGUUGUAGAUAGGCAACAUUUGGCAUCGUCCCGCCGGCGAUGUUGUGGUUUCACCAUGUACGUAGAAUAAGAUCAGCUCACGCAUACUUCCCUUUGUUUGUUCAGUCAUCAUUAAAACAGAUGUAAUGGCAGUCUGAUCAGCUGACUAGCUUCACACUAGUGUUCUCUUUACUGUGUGCAAAAACUAUCAGCAGAACAUGAGGGUUUAUUACCUACGAGAUCCUGAAUCCUGCUUAGAAUAUCUGUACACCCUUAAACCAUGUUGCUCGUCCAGUUGGCGUGGUUGUUGGAACCACGCGCCUCCCUCUUUGAUAAUCCCGUAAGCAAAGGAACCCCCACUGAUACACACAGCCCUUGGAAGCCGCAUUCUUGAUUUCCACGUCGUGUAUUCGUGUCUCUUUUAUUUCUGCUGGUCUGGAUUUUGUUGUUUUCCAUUUUAUUCUCAUGAGAUUCAUCGCAUUCUCUGGAUCCUUUCUCUGUUAUGUCCAUAGAUAGUUAUCAGUUACGAAAUCAUUUGGUUAACAUUAGGUUUAACUGUAUUAAUAAGCGUCAUCGUUUCCAGUCUGUAGAUUCUUCCUCUCAAAGUGUGUCCUGUUCAGCGACGGACUUUGAUCCUUAUUGCCUGCCUCAUUUUCUCAUCUGGUUGAUUCUGUCUAUUUAAUUAUUCUCUGAGUUAUCGCAUUUAUGUUUAAUAACACUAACCUUAUAAAAUUAGGAUUUCUUUAUGUAUUUAAUCAUUCAAAAUUAGAUUUCCGGACUUUUGUUGGCCAGUCAAAUUAUGUACAUUUAGUACAUCUUAUCAAUAUUGUUACUUGUAUUGUAAUUUCUACGGUAAUUAUAUAUAUUUUUUGUUCUCUAACAGUGAACAUUAGUAAUAAAAUCUGGCAUUUCA